CCAAAAAAAAAAAAAAAAGCGAAUCCAAGAAGCAUAGAAAAAGAGAGAAGAAAAGGGUACGCGACCGGAAAGCCUUUUUUAUGUCCUCCUACCCCUUUCCGCGUCACUUUGCCCGGAAAACCUCUCCCUCGCCACUUUGCCGGAUCACGUUCCACGCUUUGCUUUGAUCUCUCUUCAAAGCUUUUAAGCUAUAAGCGCGGUCUGGUGCAUCGCAGUAGACCGCGGUGGCGGUGCAUGCUCUCCAUCGCCUGGCCCUGCUUCGCUGGCCGCCCUCCCCGCGAUCCCCGCACCCUCAGAUCCCUUGAUCUCGUCCCCCUCCUCUCCUCCCCUAUUUAUACCCCUCUGUUUGCUUCUCCUCCCUUCGCCGCCUUGCUUCAUCGCCCACUCCUCCUUCGUCUUUCUCUCCGGCGACGCCUUCGCGGCCUCCACCGCACCCCGCCUCCUCUCGAUAAAGAAAAUCCAAAUAUGGAUGAGACGGAGAAGUCACAUUCUGAGAUAAAACUCUAUUCAAGGCUGAGAUUAUGGGAAUUUCCAGACAACUACAUCUUUGAGCCUGUUGAUACUGUUGCUGAUUCAUAUUUAGCAGUCAGUCGUGCUGAUGGAUCAAUGAACUUGAUCGGAGAGCUUCCACAAUGUGGUCCUGUGCAGUCUCCAAAUGUUUGCACUGUGUUUGGCAUUAUUGGAAUGCUGAAGCUUUUAGUGGGGUCAUAUCUGUUAGUGAUAACAGAGCGUGAAUGUGUUGGAUCUUACUUAGGCCAUCCUAUUUUCAGAGUAUCAACUCUGCGAAUUCUGCCAUGCAAUCAUUCUCUGAGUAAUUCCCCAGCUGAACAGAAAAAGACGGAAGCAGAAUUUUCUGUGCUUCUAAAUGCUGCAGAGAGGACUUCUGGUCUGUUCUUCUCCUAUGAUGUGAACUUAACACUUUGCAUGCAGAGGUUGCAUGACAUGGGCAGUGAAUCAAAACCUCUUCCUCUUUGGAGACAGGCAGAACCUAGAUUUCUGUGGAAUAAUUACAUGUUGGAACCACUGAUCGAUAACAAUCUGAAUCAGUACUUGCUACCUAUCGUCCAGGGAAGUUACCAGCAUUUUCAAGCAGCUAUUGGAACAAAUAUUGUUGAUGUCACUUUGAUUUCACGUAGAUGCACAAGAAGGACAGGUACUCGGAUGUGGAGAAGAGGAGCGGACAGAGAUGGCUAUGUGGCAAAUUUUGUCGAAACUGAACAGAUACUACAAGCAAAUGGAUUAACAGCAUCUUUCAUCCAAGUUCGAGGGUCUAUACCAUUAUUAUGGGAGCAGAUUGUUGAUUUGAGUUAUAAACCUAGCUUUGAUCUUGUUAAACCUGAGGAGGCGCCUCGUGUAGCUGAACUGCACUUUUUAGAUUUGGGUAAGAAGUAUGGUUCUGUCUUAGCCAUUGACCUGGUCAACAAGCAUGGUAGCGAGGGACGCUUGAGUGAAAGAUUUGCAAAUGCUAUGCAGCCUAUUGUUAGUGAAGAUAUAAGAUAUGUACAUUUUGAUUUUCAUCGAAUUUGUGGCCAUAUCCAUUUUGAGCGUCUCUCUCUUCUUUACGAUCAAAUUGGGGACUACCUCAAGAAGCAUGGAUACUUUCUAUUAAAUGAGAAAGGUGAGAAAGUUGAGGAGCAGACUGGGGUUGUGAGAACCAAUUGUAUCGAUUGUUUGGACCGAACAAAUGUUACACAGAGCAUGAUUGGGAGAAAGAUGUUGGAAAGCCAACUUAAACGAAUAGGAAUUUUUGGUGCUGAUGAAACUAUCAGUGCAUAUCCUUUUUUCGAUGCAAGCUUUAAAAUUUUAUGGGCUAAUCAUGGUGAUGAUAUAAGCAUCCAAUACUCUGGGACUCCUGCCUUGAAAGGAGAUUUUGUUAGGCAUGGAAAGCGAACAGUUCAAGGAAUUGUAAAAGAUGGAUGGAAUGCUCUAGCUCGAUACUACUUGAACAACUUUGUUGAUGGGACCAAACAGGAUGCUAUUGAUCUACUACAAGGGCAUUACAUUGUUUCUCUUAGUCGGGAUAUGACUCCUACAACCAAAGCAGCUGGCUUGGAGACCUAUGCGUCCUUCCGACUGGCUUUUGCACUGGUUUUGGCUGGAUUUAUGUUUGCAAUGAUGUCACUUAGACAAGCACGAAAUGAUGCCCGCCAUUUAUUGCUAUCCCUUUUUUGGGCUGGCCUGAGCUUGGGUGUAACCGCAUUGGUGAGAGCCAAUGGUCGCAUGUUCACCAAUCGGCCUCGUCUUUUCAGAUCACGGCACUGACAAUCAACAAAGAAUAUGUUCAGUUCUGGCAUUUAUCAUUUAUUCACCAUUUGUUCGCAAGUAGCAUGAGCUUAUAGUUAGUUUAUCAUGAUAAUGUUGGAAUUGUUUGGAUGGUGAUCGUUCUUCGUGUUCAAUUGGAUUAUUUUGGGUAUAUUAACUUUCUAGUGUUGGUGUAAUAAAUCAACCUUUGGCCAGCCUCGUCAAUGAUCUAAUGUAAUUUACAGUGUACUAGAUCACGGUUUAUUAGAGUGUAUUGUUCUAAUUCAUUUUGUAAGUAGGUUUUGUAGAAAUGGUUUUGAGGGUAUUUGAAACAAUGCUCAUCAAAUUUAUAUCAAUUUUUAAAAAUGUUGACUUGGUUAACAA